AUGAAUAUCCCGAUUCUACUGAGACAUUCUAGAGUUUGGCAAUCCAAGAUGAGUUAUGAACGAUGCAAAAUUGAUGGAAUCGUAGUGGGCGACAAUAUAUCGUUCGUGAAUCUAAAAUCAGCAAUUGCUGCUGAAUUGACCAUAGAUGAAUCAGUGAAAAAUAUUGAAAUCCGAUACAUCGUUCAAGGGCAAUUGUAUAAGGACAAAGCAACACUAGUUGCUGUAAUGGCCAAAUACAAAAUUGAUAAUGGAUUCAAUUUCAAAGUUAAAAGAUUUGACAGUAAAAGAUAUGUGCAUUUUUAUGUGUUAAUAUGCUAUUUAGACGACUGUUGUUGGAGAAUGAAAGCAUCAUGUAGGAAAAACUCCGUUAUAUUCAAAGUGAGAUAUUUCAAUAGUGAACAUUCAUGUCUCUUAAGAGAUAGGAUUUUCAACAAAGUUCAUGCUACAAAGUCUUUUGUUAGUGCAUUCACUGCACCUAAAUUGGUUAAUCAUAAGAGAAUUCACACCGCUAAUGAUAUACGAGAGGAUAUUAAAACAGUCUAUGGGGUUGAUAUUACCUAUCAACAAGCAUGGCGUGCUAAAGAACAUGCUUUGGAGAUGUUAAGGAGAAAACCUGCUGAUGAAUAUAGACAGUUGCGUGUAUACAUACAUAUGCUAAAAAUCGUAUAUCCAAAUUCAUACAUAAGUAUGGACAAGUCACCAAUUGAUGAGUUCAUGUAUCUAUUCAUAGCGUUAAGGCCAUUGAUGAGGGAUUUUCAAUUUUGUAGACCUGUAGUUGUUGUUGACGGUGCUCAUUUUGAUGGACCUUAUAAAGGGACAUUUGUAUUAGCUAGCACACUUGAUGGGGCAGGUUGCAUAUUGCCAUUGGCGUAUGGUGUUGUUGAUACGAAAAAUAAUUCAUCAUGGACGUGGUUUUUCCAGCACUUCAAAGAUGCAUUUGGUGAGAGGGAUAACAUGUGUAUUAUAUCAGAUAGGAACGAAAGCAUAAUGAAGAGUGUUGUUGCUUCAUCAGAAUAUCUAUAUUCUGUUUAUGAAUCAGGUAGAAGAUACAUUGUGUGUAUUGAAAGAAAAACAUGCAAUUGUGGCAGGUUUCAACUAGACGAGAUACCAUGUCCACACGCAAUUGCAGUGUUGAAGAGUAAGAACAUUGCAGACAUGCACCCAUAUUGCUCUGAUUACUACAAGUUAGAGGCGUUGGCAAAUACUUAUGAAUUGCCAAUGGUUUCAAUGCCAGAUAAGAAAGAUUGGGAAGGGUUGCUACUUCUUCUUCCAGAUGAUGAAUCAUAG